GUGUGAAGUUUUAUUGACGACUAUUACUUAAUGGACAGUAGUUGCUCAUGACUGACGCGUACAUCGUGAGAUCGUGUAUAAAACAAGGAAGCUAAUUGGCUAGUCAGUUAGCUCAUUGUCCGAGGUCGCUGGUCGCAGUUGGGCGGGGACCAUCUUGGCGUCGGCGUGUUUCUAAAAGUUUCACUAGCAUAAAUUGGAAACGAGGGAGACUCCGACCAACUCACUCGAAGCCCGGGUCAAGAUGAGGCUGUGGACUGUCGCUCUGUGUCUGACCCUGGUUUGGGCUCAGCGGACCGGCGCUGAUACGCCAGCAAACUGCACCUACGAGGACCUGCUGGGGACCUGGCUCUUCCAGGUGUCCAAAGGUGGCCAGGACAAGAGCAUUAACUGCUCUGCUCAAGCCAUGGAUGCCAGUGCUGUGGUGGUGAACCUGGACAAGUUGUCCGUCGCCACAGACCAACUGGGAAACAGCGGCUUCUUCACCCUCAUCUACAAUCAGGGCUUCGAAGUUGUGAUCAAUGGCUACAAGUGGUUUGGCUUCUUCAAGUUCUCUGAGGAAGGCACCAAGGUGACCAGCUACUGUGACCAGACCCUACCAGGGUGGGUCCAUGAUGUUCUGGGAAACAACUGGGCCUGCUUCAUUGGAAAGAAACUGAAACCCAUCCCACCUCAGGUCGACUACAAACCCUUGUACAACAGCAGGCUGCUGCAGAUACCGUACAAGCGAAACCUGGAGAUCAUCGAUUCCAUCAACUCUCUUCAGAAACAUUGGAAGGCUGUUUCCUACCCAGAACAUGAGCAGUACACUUUACAGGAGCUGCUUUACAGAGCUGGAGGUCCGGCCUCUCGUAUCCCCCGGCGUGUUGGCACGUUUCCUGUAACUGCUGACACGGCAAGACUGGCAUCUGCGCUUCCUGAUCACUGGGAUUGGAGAAACGUUAGCGGCGUUAACUUUGUGAGCCCUGUCAGGAAUCAAGCCUCAUGUGGGAGCUGCUACUCCUUUGCCACCAUGGGCAUGCUGGAGUCUCGCAUCCGCAUCCUCACCAACAACAGUGAGACCCCCGUCCUCAGCCCCCAACAAGUGGUGUCUUGUUCACAGUAUUCUCAAGGUUGCGACGGCGGCUUUCCGUACCUGAUCGGAAAGUACAUCCAAGAUUUCGGAGUGGUGGAUGAGUCAUGUUUCCCGUACAUCGCCAAGAACUCUCCAUGCGGAGUCCCCAAGAGCUGCGGCCGUGUCUACACUGCAGAGUACAACUACGUGGGCGGGUUUUACGGCGGCUGCAGUGAGGCGGCCAUGAUGUUGGAACUGGUGAAGAAUGGCCCCAUGGCAGUGGCUUUUGAGGUGUAUCCUGACUUCAUGCACUACAAAAACGGCAUCUACCACCACACUGGGCUCAUGGACCCCUUCAACCCUUUCGAGUUGACCAACCACGCCGUGCUGCUGGUGGGCUACGGGCGCUGCCACAUGACUGGACAGAAGUACUGGAUUGUCAAGAACAGCUGGGGAACCACCUGGGGGGAGGACGGCUACUUCAGGAUCCGCCGUGGCAGUGACGAGUGCUCCAUCGAGAGUAUUGCGGUCGCGGCCAUGCCCAUCCCGAAGCUGUAGGCUGAACUUGUCAAGUCAUGAUGUUCUCACUGAUGACAGUGUUGGAACCUGAUUUUUAAUCGGUGAGCAAAAGGGAUCGACGCCUGAUUUGAAGUGGUUGGUCAUGUCAAGUUUUGUGGCUUUAAAGGGAUCACCGUGCACUUUAGUGACACUUUUGUAGAAUUGAAUUGCUCUGCAUUUUCCACUUCAAGUUCUCUCUGCCUAAAGUAGCAGUCGUUGGAUGGGAUACGACAAGAUGUUUCACUCAGGGUUUUUCUGUACAUGGAAAUGUGGAAGUGUUUCUGCUGUCUGAUCAAAGAGGGAUGUGACUUCAUGACUUUGAUUUACCUGUCGCCAUGGACUUGUGAUUAUGUGCACUGACUGGCCAAGAAUAAAAGUC